AUGAGUGUUUACAUAGGACGCAAGCGACGCAGUGUGCACACAUCUAUGGUCGUUUCUCUCAUUAAGCGGUCAUUUCUUCGCAUAUGGAAACGGGUUCUUGGAAUGCUUUUGUGUUGUUCUGGAGGGAAAGAUGAACACACAAAGACCAUUGAACGCGAACUGCACAACGAAAGAAAAGUUCUCAGACGACAGUCAACGAUGGUCUUCCUACAUCAGGUUAAAAUUCUCCUUCUUGGAUCUGGAGAAUCUGGGAAAUCGACUUUCCUUAAACAAAUGAACAUAAUUCAUGGAGCGGGAGAAUUUACUGCAGAUGAAGUUCGGGCAUAUAGGCAACAAAUAUAUCAGAACGCAAUAUCUGCAAUGAGAGUUCUACUGGAUGCUAGGAGCAAAUUGAAUAUACCAUGGGAAAAAUCAGAAAGACAAGGGAGCGUGGUUAAAGUUAUGAAGUUCACUGUAGCAGACCUACUGAAGGGAAUUGACUACACUACGUUUGCUGAUGUCGCCCCAGUAAUCCAUGACUUCUGGGAAGAUGCUGCCAUCAAAGAAACGUACGAGCAGCGCAAUCUCUUCCAAAUUAGUGAUUCAUGCAAGUACUUUUUCGACCACCUCGGCAGGAUCGCGAUGCCAAACUUCCAUCCAACGAACAAGGAUAUUCUCUACUGUAGGAAAGCGACGCGAGGAAUAUGCGAGCAUACAUUUGAUAUCAACAAAAUUCCCUUCAGGUUUAUUGAUGUCGGAGGGCAAAGAUCUCAACGACAAAAGUGGUUCCAAUGUUUUACUGAUAUUACUAGUAUUUUGUUUAUGGUGGCCUCAAACGAAUACGAUCAGGUGAUUCUUGAAGAUAGGCGAACAAACAGAGUGGUUGAAUCACGGUCGGUCUUUGAAACUAUUGUCAACAACAGAUCGUUUACAAAUGUGUCCAUUAUUCUGUUCAUGAAUAAGAGCGACUUGCUGAAAGAAAAAGUGCCGAAAUCAGACAUCCGACAGUACUUUUCUGACUUUACUGGUGACCACACAUCAGUGCGAGACGUGCAGUUCUUCCUAGUCGACAAAUUUGAAACAUCACGGAAGGAUCGAGCUCGCCCAUUUUUUUACCACUACACAACUGCCAUUGACACAGAAAAUAUCAGAAGAGUAUUUGUAGAUGUUCGAGAUACGAUAUUACAGCAAAAUCUAAAAUCACUAAUGAUGCAGUAA